AGGGGCUGUGAGUGAAGCAGACAGAAAGCAGACAGACACCUUUAAGACAACAAGACAGCCAGGCAGGUCAGAUAGACAACAGACGCAAUCAAGAUGAUGAUGAUGAUGAAGAACCCCAUCGUUCUGGUGACCUGUGUCUUACUUCUCUCGUCUCUCGCUGUCUUGGCAUAUCCAAACAGCUUUGGUCCAGAUGAGUGCUGCUUUAAGUUCGCCAAGAGCCUGCCUAAGACGAAAGUGUCGAACUACAGAUACACAGAAGGGCAGUGUCCAAUGUCGGCUGUGAUUUUUAUGAUGAAGAAAGGUCGUCAAUUCUGUGCCAACCCAUCUGAGAACUGGGUUCAGGACAUCAUCAGCUUCAUCCAAAAUGAUGGAGAGAACAGCUCCGGGUCCAACUAGCCCGACUCACCCAAUGUUACGGUGUACCACACCUCAAAUACUGAGCCAAGCGGAGGUGGUGGUGUAACAGUAACCCUUGAUUUAUCUUCAUGACGUCCUCUAUUUUUAAAGAGAAUAUUUUAUUAUAAGUUUAUAAGUAAAUGCAAAACCCCUAAAAUUAGUGAUUUUUAUGAUCUGUUCUUUUUUCUGUUUUAAUUUGGAUUUAAGUGAUGUAUUGGAAGAUUACUAUAUUAUUAAAAAACAUACAUGAUUA